AUGGCCGACUUGGACGGCGCUGCGCCGGUCAUACCUCCAACAGCGCUCGCACUGCAAAGCCUAGGCACUUCAACGAACACGAACGCAACCCCGGAACCCGAGCCUCCUCGCAAGCGCAAGAGGACCGAAGAACAAGCCUCCGACGGCUCAAAGAUGACUGGUGAUCCUUCUCAAGCGAACGAUCGCACCGGCAAGAUGGAUAAGAAUGAAACGCGUGUUGUACCUAUGCACGACGAGAAAUAUUACGAUGAGAGUGCGGAUUGUGUAAUCAGAGUAGAGGACUCUCUCUUCAGGGUGCACCGUUUCUUGCUUGCCCGUGAUUCUUCGGUAUUCCAGGACAUGUUUAGUUUGCCUACGGGAGAAGCAAACGAGGACGCUGCGCAAGAAGGCUUCAGUGAUGACGAGCCGAUACACCUCUUUGGCGAAACCGCGGAAGCCUUUCGAAUAUUCUUAUCUGUGCUCUAUGCGCUGCCAGAAGAGCUACAUGCAUACAGGACUGCAUGUUCAGACAUAUCUCUAUCACUUCCUGAGCACCGCCUGGUGGGCGUCUCUGCUCUCUACAGCGUCACAUCGGGUGAAUUCGGCCCACCUACGCAUCUCAUGGGCGAUCUCACACGAGCUUCCACCGCUGCCCUCACACGGAUACUGGAGGUUGCCAUGCGCUGCGGACACAGACGAUUGAUCGACUUCGUCGUCGAAUCCUGGUCGAACAGGAUACUGAGCAAGGAGCUCGCUCCCCGCGCGGCGAUGCGCUUGGCUGAUAGGUGGGACCUUGACGGCCUGAGAGGAGUCGCCUACUACGUCCAGCUCAUGGAGAUGGGAAAGGAUUUCGAAGGGCGAAUCCGCAUGGGUACCAACUCAGCGUCUACGCAGACUCAAGAGUGCAGCCCCACACCCGCAAUCGUGCCUGCGAGACAGGACUCUGACGGUGCGGCAGUUGUGCCCGCACCUACAGCAGACGCAAUCCUUCCCUCGGAACCGCCAGGCGAAGACGAGACCGCACCACUGACCUCCACUCAACUUAAGCGCCUCCUUUCCGGAUUCUACGCCUUGGUCACCCUCUGGGACCACCUUCGCCUGAACCCGCCCGCUUUCCCUCGCCCGGAUGGCUGCACGUAUCAUAUGCACGGUUGUGUCGCGACGUUCCGUACCGUGUGGUGCGAAGCUGCGCGGAGCGAAAAGACGGCGCGAUACGGGAGCGCAGACGUUGUCGGGCGGCUCCGUAGCGUGGAGGACCAGCUCCGUGCAAGCACCGACAUGGCUUGUGCUCUCAGCCCCGGCUGUAAGCGCGAGGCGCUAGCUGCCGUAAGGAAGUGCGUGAAGGAGGUGCAGGAGGGCCUAUCGGCCCGCUUUGUGGACCUGACAGUCACCGGCGAUUGAGCUGGCAGGAGAAGAUUGGAGGCAGUCUUGGGCCCCACGAUCUGGAACUACCAUGGCCGAUAUACUCCCAUGCAGGGUGCUUCUGUGCAUUCUCGCCGCCCGUUAAAACACUGUUGUGUGUGUCACGGACAUGUAAAUAGUGAUCACGUGUUGUACUCGUAGGGGUUGAGCAUGUACGUCCAUUUGUUCCUGUUGUAUUGUAUCUAGCACUCAUAUUUAGGUUAGCACUACUGACUUUGGACGCUCAUUGGAGGCCAAAACCGCGUACAGUCUCGUAGAAGCAUGGAAUAGGCUUUUUGACUUGCCCG